CCGCACAUUCCUCCCACUUUCUGGCUCACCCGGCUGGUUCAUUGGCGGAUUUCAUUCUCAGGCACAGCCAUCAUCUCGAAGCUCACUUCUGCCAGCAUGCCUUCCAUCGAGUUGUCAAGCAUGGGCGCUGCUGGUGUGAGCGAGCUAGGAGGCAGCGCGGGCCUUGUAGAGCAGGGUGCACCUCCUGAGGAGCUGCAGGAUGCGCCUGGAAGAGGAGACGUGUCGACGGCCACUCUUGAGCAGCGCGCUCUCAGGCUGCCUCCAGACGGUGUGCCUCAACGCAGAAGCAGCAGCACAAUGCCAUCCACCACCGCGGCACGGCAGCGCCAUCUCUUGACAGACGAUGGCAUUCUAGCACUCGAAGGUAGCAGGACGCCAGAAGUUAUGUCCAGAGCACCCAGUCCUGCAACGCCCUCUGCUGCCAGCCGCAGAGGCAUACUGGGUGAUGGCGAUGACCGCGAAUUUGACGAGGAAGGCAGCGUUUCGCAAAGCGCAGGGGGACGCGUGGAAGGUCGCAUGCAGAGCAGGCCAGCCGUUUUGCCAAGUCUGGUUCACGAGGUCAUCUUUGUUCUCAUUUGCGGCACUGGCCAAUUGCUCUUUGGCUGGUUGCUGGGCAACGUCGUCGUGGUUCAGAGGCUGCUGGCCGUCGAUCUGGGCAUUCACAAUUCUCAAAAACCUUGGCUGUUGGGCAGCUUCCUGCUCACCAACGGCCUCAGCGUCAUCAUCAGCGGAAGCCUUUCGGAUCACAUUGGCUCUCGCAAAUUGCUGCUGGGUGGAUUCGCGUGGUUAUCUGCUUGGAACCUCAUCAACGGGUUCGUCCUUCACAACAAGUACGCAUUCUUCAUUGCGCGAGCCAUGCAGGGCUUCAGCAGCGGAGCUCUCACCAGCAGCUCCAUCAGCCUACUGGGUCAGACCUACUCGCCUGGACGGCGCAAGUCCAGAGCUUUCAGUGGCAUGGCCGCCCUUGCACCUCUGGGCUAUUGGCUUGGAGCCCUACACGGCGGCGUCUUGGCAGAUCACCGGAGUUGGAUCUUUUGGUCAUUUUCAAUCCUUGCCUUUGCCUUUUUGAUGGUAGCAUGGUGGAUCGUGCCCGCCUCGACGGAGCAUCCAAGUCUAUCCACCUACAUCAGGCCCGGUUUGAAGCAUUUCGACUUCCUCGGAGCGCUACUCGCCAUGAUCGGUAGCGGCUGCAUCGUCGCUGGCUUGACCCAAGGUAGCCCUUCCAACUGGGCAUCCUACACCUACGUUCUGGUCAUCGCUGGCGUAGCUACGCUGGGAGCAUUUGCUCUGGCCGAGAAGCAGGCCCAUCGACCUUUGCUUCCGAACAGUCUAUGGAAGGUGCCCAACUUUACAGCCGUCAUCAUUGCCUACUUUUUGAGCUAUGGCGCCUAUUCAGCUUGGCAAUUCUACGCCAUCGACUUUUGGCUAAAUUUGCAGCGAGUAUCUCCUCUCACCGCCGCCUUGUACCUGACUCCGAACGCCGUCGUCGGCCUGGUGUGCACAUUUCUCACCGCGAGUUUGUUGCACCUCGUGCCCGGGCACUGGGUCCUGAUCGCUUCAGCGAUCGCAAGCGGUGCUGGAGCCAUCUUUUUCCUGCCCCAGAGCCUCGAUAGCAGCUACUGGGCCUUCUCGAUGCCAGGUGUUGCAUUGGCAACGCUAUGUCCAGAUCUGAGCUUCGCGGCCGUGGCUGUCCUUUUCACGACAUCAGUCCCCAAGGCUUCGCAAGGUGCGGCCGGGUCUUUUUUGAUGACUGCACAGUCGUUGUCGUCGGCAAUCUUGGUAAGCCUGGCGGACACCAUCGGGUCGCAGACGACUGCAUCAAGACCAGAAGUCGGAAUGGUUGCAUCAAGUAAUAGCACUCUCCCCUCUCAGGACAGCGAGCUCGACCUGCAAGCACAUCGCAAUAUUUGGUGGUUCUCUCUAGGUGUCGCGCUGCUGGGGGCAGCUAUCACUGCGACUUGUGUCCGCAUACCAAAGACGCAGGAACGUGAUCAUGCUGAAUGAAAGCGGGGAGCGCACAGUCAAGAUUAUUACGCAGACUUUUCAUUCGAUUGAUCAAGCGUUCAUCAUAUCCUAAGCACGGUACGCAGACAAGUCCACACUUCUCCAUCCUCCAGGCAACAUCUUUCAUCCAGAGGUAGUAGUCACAAUGACGAUGCAUUG